CCACCCUGCACCUCACUGUAUUUUUUGCUUGCCGCAUAACUUCUUUGUUUUCGGCCUUCCCCUGGGUAGACAAACUAUUUAAAGAGUGCUGCCACUGCACCGUCCGCACAAUCUGCUCUGCUCCUGCUGCAACAGACACAUCAUCUGCAAAUCAACGACUCGAUGCAAUCUGCUGGGUUUCCUUGGAUAGAAAACAUUUGAACCAAUCUGCCUUCUUGAUUCGAUUGAACUGACUUUGUAAAGUGGCUUGAGAUGACGUGCUGUACGUUGGCGCUGUAUGAGUAAACUGAAUUGAAUCAAAACGGAACUGAAUCAUGGAUAUACUGCUUUCUGACACCGAGAACCGCAAGCGGAUCAAGAAAGUGGAGGAUGCUUUCAGUCCAUCAGGGGUGCAGCUUUCGGUGCCGGGUAGAAUCCUGAUGGGAGAGGGCACCCUGAUGAAGCAGGGCCGCAGGAAGUGGGAGCGGAAAGCGUUCUUCCUCUUCAACGAUAUCCUCAUGUAUUGCAGCAUCGUCGUGAACAACAGCUGGUACAAGAACCAGAAGGUCAUCGCUUUAAAGGACAUCAAGCAGGAGGACACGGAGGACAGCGCCGAUCAUAGGCACCAGUGGCAGAUUUGCACCCCUUCCAAGUCCUUCUACGUGUCUGCCCGCUCCUAUGAGGAGAAGCAAGGCUGGAUGGCGCACAUUGAGACUUGCCAGCGCUCCCUAUUGCAAGGGGAUCCCGAACGAGGCCAACCAAACCUCACCUUUGCCAAGUGCUGGAUCCCCGACCAGGCAACCCAAAAGUGCAUGCGCUGCCUGGACAAGUUCACCGGCAUCAACCGGCGACACCACUGCAGAGUGUGCGGCUUGGUGGUGUGCAACGAGUGCUCGAAGGGACGAGGCAUCAUUGAGCGCAUCCACCCCAACAAAGCGCAGCGCAUCUGCAAGAUCUGCAUCCAUACGUACAAGGAAGACGAGAAUGCUCGCAAGAGGGGAGACAGUGCUGGCUUGGGGGGUGAUGCAGAAGAAGGAUCCAGCGAUGACGAGUAAAAGCAGACAAAUCCCGUCGUAAUAAUCACACUGCAGGUUUAAAAUUAACUGGUGUGACAGAAACGUAAUACUGCCUGUCCCUUCUUUGGAGAAAGUGUAGCUUUAAGACAUAAUGUAAAAUCUUCAGGUAUCCUUGUUAGGAGAAGCAGGUGUGGACUGACAGAGUUAGGCUGUCACCAGCAGAGAUGGAGGCUUUGGGCACCUGUCAGCUGUCCCCUGUGUUUAACAUGAAGGAGUUGAUAAAACUUGCCAAGAACACAGCUGCUGAACAAUGAGUGGAUCAAUAAAGAAGAAAUAAAACAAAAUCUGCUGCAAAAGACAUAAAGCCUUACAAGUCAUAAAGUAAGCAGUUUAAAAUAUUUGUAUCCACACUUAUCAUUGGCCUCAAACUGUUUUAUUUUCCAUUUAUGUACAGCCAAUCAUCAUACUGUGAUUUGAAUCAUAUGUGUUUACAGCUGAGCUUUUUGUACUUGAUGUAAAACCGCUGCUGUGA